GUUGAUAAUGUAUGGUUUUGUGAAAGCCAUGGUACCCAUUGGCCAGUUAAAAGGAUGGGAAUUCCACUUCACUGACUGUUUAUUUUUUGGAUCACUGAUGUCUGCCACGGAUCCAGUGACAGUCCUUGCUAUUUUCCAUGAGCUGCAUGUGGAUGCAGAUUUGUACACGCUCUUGUUUGGAGAGAGCGUCCUAAAUGAUGCUGUGGCUAUCGUGCUGACAUACUCUAUAUCCAUUUACAGUCCUAAGGAGAAUCCUAAUGCAUUUGAUGCUGCUGCUUUCUUCCAGUCAGUGGGAAAUUUCCUGGGGAUCUUUGCUGGAUCAUUUGCCAUGGGAUCCUCUUACGCUGUUGUCACAGCUUUAUUGACAAAAUUUACAAAGCUGUGUGAGUUCCCUAUGUUGGAGACUGGUCUGUUUUUCCUCCUAUCCUGGAGUGCCUUCUUAUCAGCAGAAGCUGCUGGUCUUACAGGUAUUGUUGCAGUCCUUUUCUGUGGAGUCACACAGGCCCAUUAUACCUACAACAAUCUGUCACCAGAUUCCAAAACGAGAACUAAACAGUUGUUCGAGUUCAUGAAUUUUUUGGCUGAGAAUGUCAUCUUCUGUUACAUGGGACUCGCACUGUUCACGUUUCAAAAUCAUAUCUUCAAUCCUCUUUUUAUAUUUGGUGCAUUUGCAGCAGUUUUUGUAGCAAGAGCUUGCAACAUAUAUCCACUUUCUUUCCUUUUGAAUUUGGGUCGAAAACAAAAGAUUCCCAGGAACUUUCAGCACAUGAUGAUGUUUUCAGGUUUACGUGGUGCAAUAGCAUUUGCAUUGGCUAUUCAAGACACAGAGUCCCAACCCAAGCAAAUGAUGUUUACAACAGCACUGCUUAUUGUGUUUUUCACAGUCUGGGUAUUCGGUGGCGGCACAACACCAAUGCUCACGUGGCUUCAGAUCAGAGUUGGCAUAGAUCCAGAUGAAGAUGUGAAAGCAGAUGCUGCAAGCCAGAGUGCAUCUAGCUUGGAUAAAAAUAUAACCAAAGCUGAGAGUGCAUGGCUGUUCAGAAUAUGGUAUGGCUUUGACCACAAAUACCUAAAACCUAUCUUAACCCACACCGGUCCACCUCUCACAACAACAUUACCUGAAUGGUGUAACCCUGUUGCCAGGCUUCUGACCAGCCCCAGCGCAUAUGGUGAUCAACUGAAGGAUGACGACACAGAUUAUAUUGUCAAUAAUGAUGAAUUGACUGAAAACUAUGAAUCAGCUGCACACAUACCAGUGCAGGACAGAACAGGCUCCACCCAGGCUACAGGAAAGGAAGAUAUUCAUGAAGGAGACCUAGGAUUAGGAGGGUACGAACUCCAGCUUGAACACACUGCAGGUCAACCCCAGAUGAAUUCAUUGGCACAAACAGUGUAA